AUGCCCAGUUAUAGCCCUGACGAUGGAUCGCUCGGGGGCGCGCCCUUCGCUGGCGACCCUUUCAGCUCCCUUCGUCUGAGGGGCGGAGACAGCUCGCAUGGAUUCGAACAAGACGAUGAUGACGUAUCAAUGACCGAGGAUGAAGCACCGGCUUCUCGACGGCGAGGAGCUGUGUCGCGCCCCCGGGGUGGUCCGGCAAGCUCCGACUUUCAGCCUGGCGCUAUCGUGCGGGUCAAAGUCCAAAAUUUCGUGACAUACGAGGAGGCCGAGUUCUUCCUAGGUCCCCAUCUCAACAUGGUUAUUGGGCCCAACGGGACGGGUAAGAGCUCGCUUGUCUGCGCCAUCUGCCUAGGUCUAGGCUACCCCUCGAGCGUCCUGGGUCGGGCGAGCGCUUUUGGGGAAUUCGUCAAGCAUGGGAAGGACGAGGCCGAUAUCGAGGUGGAGUUGCAGAGGUUGCCCGAGCACUCCGAGAACUACGUCGUCGGGCUCACCAUCCGGCGAGAGGACAACAGCAGGAAGUUCACCAUCAAUGGGCAGAGGGUAUCACACAAGGAGGUCCAAAAGCUCAUGCGGUCACUUCGGAUCCAGAUCGACAACCUGUGCCAGUUCCUGCCUCAAGACAAGGUCGCCGAAUUCGCCGCUCUCACGCCGGUCGAACUGCUCGAGAAGACUCUGCAGGCGGCUGCGCCAGAAGAGAUGAUCGACUGGAGGACCCAACUGAGGGAUUAUUAUAAGCUGCAAAAGGAGACAGAACUCAACGGGGAAAAAAUCCGCGAGGAACUCCGCAAGAUGGAGGCCCGCCAACAGGUUCUUCAGGCUGAUGUCGAGAAACUGCGGGAGAGGAGGGCGAUACAGGAGGAAAUCGAGAACCUCAACAACAUGCGGGUCGUCGUCAAGUAUUAUGACGCCCGAAGGAGGUUCAAAGAAGCAAAGGCGCGCAAGGUCGAGGCCGAGCGUUCGCUCAAACGGCUCCAGAAUAGCGUCGCCCCGGCGCUCGAGGCCGUCAACAAGAAGCAGGAAUAUCAGUCCAAGAUCAAGCUUGUCGUGGCCGACAGGCAGCGCCGUCUACAGGCCGCUGGUGCUGCCGCCGAUGCUGCGGUUGCCCAGGUCGAUGCUGCCCAGGCGAGAUGCCAGGAACUUAUGGGCAGGAAAGAGGCAGAGCGGACGAACUAUUCGGCAAAAAAGCAGGAGCUCGGUCGUCUGCGCAAAAGGAUUACAGAGCUAGAGGCCAGGUACCGCCAAACGCCCAAGGAAUUUGAUGCCGCCGAUUGGAACCGAAGAAUUCGAGAACAACAGCACCUGCAGCGCGAGAAGGAGGCAGAAGUCGGGGCGGCAAGAGAGGAACUCAAGCAGAUACGGAUGAAGGGGCACGACAACCGCGACCAGUUGAUGAGGCUCCAAAAUAGCCUGAGCGAGCUGGAGUCACAGCAAGGUCAACUACUCACUCAGCUAAGGAGGAUCAAUAGUGAUGUCGCUAAAGGCUGGGAGUGGUUGAAGGAUAACCAGGACGGGUUCGUGAAGGAGGUCUUCGGUCCUCCCAUGUUGACAUGCUCCGUCAAGGACAAACGCUACACCGACCUUGUCCAGUCGAUAUUGCAAACCGACGAUUUCCUGUGUUUUACGGCGCAGACUAGGGAGGAUCACAAGAAGCUCAGCGACCAGUUCUAUCGCACGAUGGGGCUCUCUGUCACGAUCCGAUCCUGCUUUACACCGUACAGCGCAUUCCAACCCCCUCUACCAAGGGAAGAGCUGUCCAGACUCGGAUUUGACGGCUACGUGAGCGACUAUCUCGAUGGGCCGGAACCGGUGCUUGCUAUGCUCUGCGCAGAGAGAAGGAUGCACGCGUCGGCGGUCUCGCUUCAGGACAUAUCGGAUGAUCAGUUCGAACAGAUCCAACGAUCCGAGAGGCUCACGCAAUUUGCCGCGGGGAGGCAACUGUACCGCAUCACGCGGAGGAAGGAGUACGGUCCGGGGGCCGUUUCCACACGAGUCACCCAGUUCGCAAAGGGCCGUUUCUGGGCCGAUCAACCGGUGGAUGCGGCCGAGAAAGCCGAGCUCCUGCAGAAAAUGCAGGAACUCCAGGCACAGCGCGCCGCCAUGAAGGAGCAGUAUGAGGCCUUGGACGCAAGGUGCAAGGUGCUGGAUGAAGAGAAGCAGCAGAUCCUGGACAAGAUUGAGGAGCUGCGCACGUCCAAACACGAACUCCAACGCGAGUACACGCGGUGGCAGGCGUUGCCGGACAAGAUAGGUAUGGACGCAUGCACCGCAAGACCUCGAGCGGUAAUUCUCCAGCACCACCAGCGGAUCGGCGGCAUCCGGGAAGCGCGCCAGGCUCUGCUGGAGGCUCAGAUGGUUCUCAUGGAGGCGGAAUCGGAGGUGAUCGUUCUCAAGGCUAAGAAUUCUGAGAUCACCCAGCAGCUAGAGGAAGGGAAACAGACGCUCAGGCAGAUCCAAGAGGAGCUGGAGGAGCAACGCAACAUUGCUUCCGAGGCCAGGACGGAAGCGCUCGCUAUCCUGACCGAGGAAAAUACCGAGCGGCUGCGCGAUCAAGCCAUGGGCAAGACGGUUGAGGACAUCGACCAAGCCAUCCAGGUGGAGAAGGCCAAGCUCGAGGUCAUCCAAGCUAGCAACCCGACCGCGCUGGAAGAGUACGAACGGUAUGCGGCCCGGAUCGAACGGGAACGGGCCAACCAGGCGACCCAAGAGGCCAGGAUGGCGGAGCUGAGCGACCGAAUCAACCACAUCAAGAGUCAAUGGGAGCCCAGGCUGGACGAGCUGGUGAGCCAGAUCAACGACGCUUUCAGCUACAACUUUGAGCAGAUCAGCUGCGCCGGCGAGGUCGGCGUGCACAAGGACGAAGACUUUGACAAGUGGGCCGUAGAGAUCAAGCGGGCCGUGUCGACCAUCUUUUACCUGAUGGCGCUGCAGUCGAUGGCGCAGGCGCCGUUCCGGGUCGUCGACGAGAUCAACCAGGGCAUGGACCCGCGCAACGAGCGCAUGGUGCACGAGCGCAUGGUCGAGGUCGCCUGCCGCGAGCACACGAGCCAGUACUUCCUCAUCACGCCCAAGCUGCUGCCGGGCCUGCGGUACGACGAGCGCAUGCGGGUGCACACCAUCGUCAGCGGCGAGCACGUCGACAGGCAGGGGACGGAGAAGAUGAACUUUGCCAACUUUGUCAAGAUCCAGCGGAGGUUGACGGCUCGGUAA